AUGACUCGCCCACAGCUGCUUCCUGCGGCGUCAAAGCCGCUGCUCAGGUGGAGACCCUCUCACUGCCUUUUUCUCUCCGUCCUCGCUCUCUUGUUCGUCUCUCGCCAGUUCGCUUCUGCUUACUCUGCAUCCCCUUCGCCCUCCGACCAUGAGGACCAAGCAAAGAACCAGAUACCCCCCUCGCCUCCCUCCCCCGAGGACGGCCCGCCGACGGCCGACUCCUGGUCGAGUUCUCUGAGUCAGUUUUUCACUGCGCUUCGCUCUUCUCCUUGGGAGUGGCUGCGAUCUGGCGUCGAGCCAACGAUACGAACGCCUUUUUACGAGAGACAUGUCGAGGGAGUUGAGGGAGCGCGGCGCCCUCAAGAAGUGUUUGACUACAUCGUCGUUGGGGCUGGAGCUGCUGGAUGUCCGUUUGCUAGAACCAUGGCCGACGCAGGGAAGCGGGUCUUGGUGAUAGAGCGGGGCCACGCGCGUUCUCGAGCGCAAACUCCUGCGGCGAUGGACUUGAAUGGAGCUGGACGCGGCAUCAACGACGACAGCAUCAGUCAGCCUGUCAUCACAACUCAAGGCGUACGGACCCACAUCGGCAAAGUCACGGGCGGAGGCACGAGUGUCAACGUGGGGAUUAUGGUGCGGGAACUCGACGAGUAUUUCCAUUUCCUCAACGACCAAUAUGGACAUUCUUGGGACACCAAAACCCUUCGUAAGGCCUCUACUUGGAUAGAAGACAAAGUCUCCUGCCCCAUGCCGCAGGAGAACGCUUUUUCUAGAGCAAUCUGUCAGGGCCUAGCUGAUCAAGGGUUCACGCCCCACGGAGGCUUCGAUGCGACGGGCAAAAAUUAUACGUACCCCAUUCCUGUAUCUGCCGAAUUGAGACAUGGAGAAUUCUGGGGGGCCAUGUCGCUCUUCAAUUCUUCCGCUUCGGGUUUCAGGAAUGCAGCAGACCUUUUCUUGGUUGACGAGUUCUCUGGAGCAGAAAGCAUUGAAAAUUUUACGCCCGCGAAAAACAUCGAACUGCUUACCGAUCACAUCGUGUUGAAAGUUCUGUUUGACAGAUCGGGCAACCGUCCUCGUGCGAGAUGCGUCAAUUAUCGUCGAACGCAAGAAUCCGACCUGGCAUCUCUGGGAGAAGGUCCACCACGAAGAAGGGAAAACAAUAUAGGCGCGAGGCCUGCUGAGACGCUCCUGUCGAAGGUUGGGUCGUUUUUUGCUCCACGCGUCUACCACGCCUGUGUGAAAGAGGACGGCGAAAUCGUCAUGUCUUCUGGAGCGAUUUUGUCGGCGGUGAACCUCUUCAAGUCGGGCGUGGGGCCAGCUGAGCAGAUUAAGGCUCUCGGUCUUCCCCUCGUUCUCGACGUACCCCAGCUGGGCCAACGCUUCUCGGAUCGAAUCGCUGUCCCCAUUGGUGUCUUCCUGACCCGGCGACAGCAACAGACUUUCAGCAAACCCCGAAUUUCCGACGUCAUUGGAUUUAGAGCCUUCGGCCCCGACUGCUCAGACUUCAAAAUAGGCGAGAGGACUUUGAAAUGCACUCAGGUCAUCGUCGAAACGAUGUACGGUCCACAUGCCAUGGACGGGCCCAUUUAUGCGGCGCGCGCACUCGUCCCGCCUCAUCUGCGCAACACCAGAGUUAUCGAAGCGACGUUUCAGAUUUUCAGUCGGUGUGCACAGCUCUCCAGAAGGGAAAGAUUUCUGAAGCCUGUCUGCUUGGUUCUUAACAGAGGCAUCGAAUGCGCAAGCCGCACGGCAGUUCAGUUUUCCUUCACUUCGGAGCCCAAGUCACGAGGCUAUGUUUCGCUGGACAAAGACGGAAAAGUGACAGUGGAGGCGAACUACCUUAAGGAUCCCCAGGACUUCUUCGACGCGGUUCGCGGUGUGCAGUUGGCGAUUGAACGUGUCAACGGAGACGCCUUUCGCGGUCUUAUCGACUCUGUCGGAAAAACAGCUUGCCCAGUGAUGCUUCUGGAUGCUUUUCUUCAAAUUGUCACGAGGCUUCUUGAGCAAACGUCGCCCACCUCGGUGACUCCUGAGUUGCUCGAAGAAGUCCGAAAGCAUCACGAUAACUUGGCCCACCUAUACCCGUUUUCCGACAACGGGGACAACGACGAGAAUGACGGGAACGACGAGAGCAUGAGCGUGCAGAACCCAGAAGGGGAAACGAAGGAGAGCCCCACACCGGUGAAAGGAGAGAGUCGCCUGGAUUCUCUGCAGAGAAUCGCAGAAAUGCAACAGCUGCUGGAGGAUUUGGUUAGCCACGAAGAAGACGCGGAAACGACCGAACCUCAGCCACGCAGUUCCCAUGUGCAUACACUCCGCCUGCAUCGUCUAGCUGGACUCCUGGACGAGACACUUUGCAGCAACACGUGCAGAGUUGUAGAUGAUCGCUUCCUCUAUGGCAUGUACACGAAAACGUGUCCGUGGAACGACGCGUAUUACGGCUUUUAUGGCCUCUGUAGCGCUGCUGCGCCCCGUUCGUCUGAAAACUCACGCAGAGAGUUUGUUGCCGAUUCAGAAGAGGGAAGCGAGGACGACGACCAUGACCUUGUCCUCAAGCGAGACGUGCCUGCAUUUCUUUCUUCUGCUUCAGCACCGGACGACCCCAAGGAAAUUGCGGAGUACGUUUUGACUUACAUGAGCAGCAUUUGGCAUCACGCCGGGACCGCCGAAAUGGGAACUGUCGUGGACGAUCUCUUCCGCGUUAAAGGCCUAGACGGCCUCUCGAUUGUCGACGCUUCUGUUCUCCCCCAAAUCACUCGUGGCAACCCAACCGCGACACUUCUGCUCAUGGGACGCUACGCCGCACUGAGAAAACUGGAGGCUCAGAGCCGUUCCGAAAGAGCAGGCGCCUGA